UGUAUAGUGUCCACGGUUGAAUGAAUUGUUGAAUUACAUAUGUCAAGGUGUUUAUUAGAGAGUGUCGCGUGUGGUGGUGACUUGAAACCUAAGCUACAGGAACCUACAUGGCCACACAGCCAGGAGUUAGAGAGCAGAUCUUCAAAACGUACUGGUGUCUAUGCCGUGAGUUCAUAUGAACCCACAGACAGACACAGAUGUCAACAGAAGAGGAUGCUACCCCAUGUGACGUGUGCAGAUCCAUAGAAAUUGAAAUUGUAGGGAAAAACUCAGAACCAAAUAUCUUCGCACUACACAUCGACAUUGCUAUAUUUGGGUUGGAGGCAACAGAUGGGAAGAAGGAUAAAAGGUUGAAGGUUGUGCAGAAGGAAGUCAAACGGAAGAAGAAGAGGACACUAGAUAAACUAGUGAAAAUAGUAUCAGCCUUACAGAACACUGAUGGUGGAUCAAUAUUGGUACAUUUUAUUGGACAUGACCCAAGCGACAGAUAUCUUGGACAUUUUGAUGAACUUGUAACAUUGCGCUUCACUGAAUUAAUUGGUGAUAAUGGUUUGUACGUAGAUACAUAUACACGUCAGUGGAUCAGUAACUGGAUACAAACUUCAAAUGAGAGCAAACAUUUUCUACAAAUAACAGUAGGGAAGACAAAGGGUGUAUCAACUGUCGACUUUAACACAAAGGUAUCCACUGAUUGUGAAAAAACAAAUCUGUCGGCGUUUACAUUUUAUGACCUCUUGUCCAAAAACGUCUCCAAGUACAGUCAUUCACCUCAAAGCGCAAAUAUCACUGACUUGUCCUCCCUCAACGAAUGCAGGACCACUGAACUGAAGGCUCUUGUAGCAGACAAAGUUGAAGAAUUUGGAACUGAUAUUUCAAAGCUUGUUGGUUACAUUUGGUAUGACCUUAAACUAGGAGUCAAUAUUUCUUCAAUGUCCAAAGUUGUUGGAGGGGGAAAGAUUUUUGUUGGUAUUGGAGAGACGACUGAGUAUGUCAAAUACCAUUCUCUGGAUCGUGAUGACUUGCUCUACAAAAUCAAGGUUCCAGAGAUUCAUGGAUUUGAGCUGAAGAUUGGGAAAGCAGAUUUGCAGAACGGUAUUCUUAAUAAAUACCAGUCAGAUGUGUCUGUCAUGUACCAAGAUGGUACAUUCUGCAAUGAUGUUGCAAACUUAGACAUCAUAGACGUCAAGUUUCAUGACCUUCCAGAUACAUCUCCACCACGGUAUGUGUUAGAAGUUGUGGUGAACUAUUUUGAGGGCAUUGUUUUCUUUGACAAGAGGGGUCCUCGAGCUUACAAAGUGCAAGAUAACAAAAUUGAGAGAAUGCAGUGUAAGGAAUGGGUGGAAAAACUAAGGCGCUAUAUCACGAGUUUUAAAUAGUACGUGCCUGCUCAAGGACCGUGUGAACUAUGUGAUGCAGUGCACAUUCACCGUCCUGUGCUACCCGUACAUAUUGUUUGACAUACUGAAGGUAAUGCACACCUAGUUAUUUAUGGAAUCAUAUUUUACAUGAAAUGUUUUGGGUAGUGCGUUGCACUGCUUAAGAAGCGGAUUUGGUUAUGCUUGGACACAUAUUUCAAUAGCCUGGAUAACAACCAAGAUCUGUUAAAUAUGUCAUCAGAUACAUUCCUACCGUCGCCGUGUCAGUCAGAUGAGGAACCUGUAUCAUCAGAUACAUUCCUACCGUCGCCGUGUCAGUCAGAUGAGGAACCUGUAUCAUCAGAUACAUUCAUACUGUCGCCGUGUCAGUCAGAUGAGGAAUCUGAAUCAUCAGAUUCAUAUGUUUCUUCUCCUUAUCAAUCAUCAGAUGAGGACGCGCAUCCUGAAUGCAUGGCAACACGUGUUGAGACGAACGUCUUACAACCAAAACAUGACGUAGAAAGAGAUGCCCAUCAACAGUUUACACUGACAGAAGAGGAAACGGUAAAAAUGACAAGUGAUGAAUUGAAAGGGCUACACAUCUAUCCACAAGGAUUUCGGGAGUUCUUAGCGUCAUCUCACAAACAUGUGGAAAAGGGCUUAGUUAAACUACUGAGUGAUACACAUACAGUUGUGUAUGGAAACACCUGUGUUUUAGAAACGCUAAGCACAAAGCAGACACCGCCAUCUUCCUUACUCUUUGAUGUUUGCAUUUUUAGGCCAUCUCAGCCGUUACUUUUGAUAUCCGUGACCUCUCAACACGACUCCACAACUGUGUUAUACAACUCUGCUCUAGCUCGUAAAGUGAAAACGUUCAUGCGAAGAGAGAUAAAACCCAAUUUUAGUCUUGUCCAUGGAGUUGUGGAGGAAUCAGAAUUCAAGUUAGAGGAGUCUCUGAGGUCACAAGUAAAUGCCUUGGCAACACAGGCGAUGUGGGUAUCUCUUCCUCAUUCACUCUUUAUGGACCCUGCUCUAUGUAAAAUGAUAACGGCAAACUUCAUUGUUCAUGUUCAACAUGAUACCUUUGACCAGUCAAAGGACGCGGGGAAUGUACAACCAAGUCCUCCACAAAUACAGGAGGCAAAACCCUUGUGCGGGAACGAGUUUAAUUUGAAAGAGGUCAUGCAAUGCAAAGAACAGCUACAAAUGAAUCAGUCAUGGCUCAAACAGACAGAACCAUCGCGUGCAAGAGUCAGUUCGGAAGAGACUGAGUUUAAUCCACACGAUAUUGAACAACUCGGAGACAUCGUGUACCAUCUUGGAGUCUUUGAAAGGAAAGACGUUGGGGGACCUAAAUGUCCCGAACAAACAAGCAGGUCAACCAACCCGUGUGUCUUCCAUGAUCCUAUGAUGCAGAUGGUGUAUAUUCUGAGUGGGAUGACUCUGGGUGGAGCUGAUGAGAUACCUGACAUGGCUGAGGAUUCGUUGGUCAGUUCCUGUGGAAGCAAGAUUUUAUUGUUGCAUGGUGAUGAUGACGCAUUGCCCACAGAUGAAGACAAGGGGCUGCAGAGGCUCAUGGUUGUUUUGUCGAAGAUUGAUUGGAUUGUUCUCUGGAGACGUCUCAGACGCCUGGUGAUGAACACCAAGAAGGAAAUUAUUCAUCUACAAGCUAAAGUGGAAUACUUACAACAAUUGCUACAAGACAACACCAGUUUGAACCAGAGCAGCUCCAGAAAGACUAAAAUUCCUGGAAGAAAGAUCCCUGAUGCUGAUGCUGAAAACAAACCAUUCUUUGUGCACCGCCUUACUGAAGACAAGUGUCGUUUGGCGACAAGAUGUCAAGUUCAUCAGCUGAGACAGUUUCAACAGGGAAUACUGAGACACAAACACAUGUUUGAGAUAAUAAGACAUGGAAUCCAUGCUGAUACAGACAGACGCACUUGUCUGCAAACACGUGAAACUGUCCUGGAGAAAGAUUAUGGGUGUGUCCAUAUGUUUGGAGAAGUCGGCUCACCACGAGCUUACCAUGUUGUGUGUCCUACAUUACACUUUGACACGAGUCUGGUAAACACAAUGUAUUGUGACGUGACUCGUGGAUGCGAACUGGUGAACACGUCGUCCUUCAACACAAGUGAACACAACGAUGCCACCCGACUACAGAACUACAGUGGUACCAGAAGCUCAACUGCCAUCCCGCUCCACCCACCCACCUCUAUGCUCCCUGGGCCUCAGUACUGGGAGUGUCACACCAGGGUGACACCCAGAAAGCCUAUCGGUGCCUGGCUGACUCUGCUGGAGGUCGGUGUUUGUGAAGAGUCCCAAGUGGACACUGGCGUGUGGCUGUACUCGCGGCCCCGCUCAUGGAGUGUCCGUGUAGGGGGUUGUUCCUGGCAUCGGUCUUCAAUCUGCACUUUUGUAUAUGACGGAGAGCAAAAUGUUCACUGUACCCUUGACACUAUGUGUAAUACACCCGACACCUCAGACUAUAUUUCGUAUGGUGUCGUGCUGGAUGUGGUGAGGGGCAGACUUGCGUUCAUUGAUCUGAACAGGGUCGCUGUUCUAUCGAUGAUCGAUGUUGAGUUUGGAGAAGCACUCUGUCCAACGUUUGGUGUUGGGCCCUGGUCAAACGAGUACAGUAUCAGAAUGAAGUUAAUCAGUGGGAAAAACAUCAAACUCACCGAGAGCAAGAAAUCUCUCAUACACAAAGUACUAUCCUGAACAUCAAAGUUAAAUAUUGGUAGCACGUGUCAUGAAGGCAAAUGUGUUCCAAGUUCACUUCAGCAUCUGAGAAAAAUGUUUCAGAGGAAUGAUCCCUGAAAAGCAAACAGUAAAUGUUUGAACCCUGGACCCCAGUUCGUCUAGUCCAUACAUUAGAGCUUCGAUGCUCAUGGGGGCGGUCGGGUAGCCUAGUGGUUAAAGCGUUCGCUCGUCACGCCGAUGACCCGGGUUCGAUUCCCGACAUGGGUACAAUGUGUGAAGCCCAUUUCUGGUGUCCCCUGCCCUGAUAUUUAUGGAAUAUUGCUAAAAGCGGCGUAAAACCAUACUCACCCACUCACUCGAUGCUCAUGAUGUCAAUCACUGGAUCGUCUAGCCGAGACUCGAUUAAUUACAGACCGCCAACACACAGCUGGACUAUUGUGAGUGAGUGAGUUGGGUUUAACGCCGCUUUUAACAUUAUUCCAGUAAGAGAAAGGGCUGGAAAGACUCAGGGUGAAUGCUGACCUUGGGUACAGAAAACACCACCUUCCCAUGUCGUGACGUCAUAUUGAUCAAGGAAUAAUCAACAGCUAUGAAUAAAGAAAUGUUAUCGCUU